AUGGCUUCGAAGCGGAUCUUGAAGGAGCUGAAGGAUUUGCAGAAAGACCCUCCUACUUCUUGCAGUGCUGGACCCGUUGGUGAGGACAUGUUCCACUGGCAAGCAACAAUAAUGGGCCCACAAGAUAGUCCUUAUGCCGGAGGGGUGUUUUUAGUCACGAUUCAUUUCCCCCCUGAUUACCCGUUCAAACCUCCAAAGGUAGCUUUCAGGACUAAAGUUUUUCACCCCAACAUUAACAGCAAUGGUAGCAUUUGCCUUGACAUCUUGAAAGAGCAGUGGAGCCCGGCCUUAACAAUCUCCAAGGUGUUGCUCUCGAUUUGCUCACUGUUGACGGACCCGAACCCGGAUGAUCCAUUGGUGCCGGAAAUCGCACAUAUGUACAAGACGGACAGGGCAAAGUACGAGCAGACCGCGAGGAGCUGGACCCAAAAGUAUGCUAUGGGCUAG